AUGCCAGGGCCUCAACAGGUCUUGAAAGCUAUAACUGGAUCAUUGGGUGUCUCGUCGCUUUCGGUUUCAGAUUAUAGUUCGUCCGAAGCAACCUUCCGGCAAUGUCCUUCCUCCGAAGUGAGCUGCAAGGCUCAGUACCAUGGCCAGGAUACCUGCUGCUUCAACUACCCCGGCGGACAGAUGCUCCAGACGCAAUUCUGGGAUGCUGAUCCAGCUAUUGGGCCAGCAGAUUCCUGGACUAUCCAUGGACUCUGGCCCGACCAUUGCAACGGCGGCUUCGAUCAGUACUGUGACUCCGGGAGACGGUACAGCAAUAUCUCGUUGAUCCUAGUUGAUUCUGGUCGUGGGGAUCUACUAGACUAUAUGAGCGACUUCUGGAAGGACUUCAGGGGCGAUGAUGCGAAUCUCUGGGAGCAUGAGUGGAACAAGCACGGCACUUGUGUCAGCACGCUAGAGACUCACUGCUACACCGACUAUUACCCACAACAAGAGGUUGUCGACUACUUCGACCGGACAGUCGAAGUCUUUAGAACCCUGCCUACCUACGAGACACUCGCCAAAGCCGGCAUUACCCCCUCCUACACGCAAACCUACACUCGCGAUGAGAUUGUCAAUGCCCUCUCCAAGGCCCAUGGUGCCGAGGUGACAGUCCGAUGUCGACACCAGGCUAUCAACGAAGUAUGGUACUACUUCAACAUCGCCGGGCCACUGCAGACGGGCAAAUUCGUCCCAUCUGACCCAGAUGGCCAAACAUCCAACUGCCCCCGCAGCGGCAUCCACUACAUUCCCAAGACUCCCCGAAACGGUCACGAGCCAACCAAGACAUCCCGUGGACCUGCUGAGCCGACCGCACCGAGCGCGCCCUUUUCAGGAAAAGGGAACCUAAUGAUCUCAACUAACGGUCAGAAGCGAGGCUGCAUCAUUAGUCACGGCGCGUGGUUCACCUCGGGAACCUGUGCGACUUUCACGGCCACUAAGGCGUCUGGUAUGUGUUCUCCGUUGCUGCUUUCCUAUUCAGGCGGGCAGUCAGUAACUGACGGCCCUUCUUGA